UCGGUAAAUAUUUCCGUGGAGGCCUUCAAGCCGUGGCAGCGGUAGUGGAAGUGGUGCGGUAAAAAACACGGCGUUCUUGUUGUUUUUAAACGGAAUAAUCUUCUACAAUGCCGUACGCUAACCAGCCGACGGUUAAAAUAACAGAAUUGACGGAUGAAAAUGUGAAGUUCGUCAUAGAAAACACGGAUUUGGCGGUUGCAAACUCUCUCCGCCGUGUCUUCAUGUCAGAAGUUCCCACAAUAGCCAUCGACUGGAUCCAAAUUGAUGCAAAUUCUUCGGUGCUGCACGAUGAAUUCAUCGCACACAGAGUGGGUCUCAUCCCCCUCACCAGCGAUGACAUAGUGGAUAAAAUGCAGUAUUCAAGGGACUGUACCUGUGAUGACUUCUGUCCUGAGUGCUCAGUGGAGCUAACCCUGGAUGUCCGAUGCACUGAGGACCAAACGCGUCACGUCACCUCACGCGAUCUGCUCUCCAACAACCCCAGAGUUAUCCCUGUCACAUCCAGAAGCAGAGACAAUGAUCCAAAUGACUACGUUGAGCAGGAUGACAUCUUGCUGGUGAAGCUCCGUAAAGGUCAGGAGCUUCGGCUCAGAGCGUACGCCAAGAAAGGCUUCGGUAAGGAGCACGCCAAGUGGAACCCAACGGCGGGGGUUUCCUUCGAGUAUGACCCGGACAAUGCACUGAGGCACACAGUCUAUCCACGACCCGAGGAAUGGCCAAAGAGUGAGUACUCGGAGAUUGAGGAGGAUGAAGUUCAGGCCCCCUAUGACCCUAACGGAAAGCCAGAAAGGUUUUAUUUUAACGUGGAGUCCUGCGGCUCCCUUCGGCCGGAGACCGUCGUCAUGUCUGCAUUGGCGGUCCUCAAGAAGAAGCUGAGCGACCUGCAGACCCAGCUGAGCCAUGAGAUCCAGAGUGACGUGCUCACCAUCAACUGAAGACUGUGUGUUAACUGCAUCCUCACUGCAGACUGAACUCUGAUCUCUUGGACCAGAUUCAUCACUGAUAUUAAAUUGGAAGUUUAUCAGCACUGACUAACAGAAGCUGGUAGCUUAGAAAAUGUGAUGCCGAGUUGUCGUAUCAGAGGAGUUUUUCUGUAUUGAUGCAAAGUUAGACUUGUUGCUAUAAGGGCAACAUUUCAAGCUGUUAAAUAUUUUUGCUCAAUGUCUCUUUUUAAAUAAAUCAGUUUUGUGGUA